GCAGUAGUAAAAAUAGGUCCAUAAAGACAUAGAACAACCCACGACAGUUUGAUUCAUUUGGAAUAAAAUUAUAGCAGUGACUGACAUUUGCAAGUCAAAAGUUAUGGUUGCUAUAAUUUUUACACUAUAAUUCAGCAGAUGAUGAACGUAUAAAAGUGUAAAAGUCACUCUGACUGCGUAUGAGACGGGGUUGAUUAUGUUAGCGAGACAAAGCUCCUCUAUAAUGGCUGAAUAUUGUCUUAAAACCUCCAUCUGUACUUAGUUUUUCAUGUUUAAUAUGCUAUAAUGGACAAUUUCUGUCAGAACAAUGUGGUUUUUGCUUUUUACACCCCAACUCUGUUAUUAAUUUACAAAAAAAACUCCUCACUUUUUAGAUCCAUAUCUCGCGUAUUUGUCCUAAAACAGAACUAUUCACACAGCUGAUGCAGAAACAUGGGUUUUUUAAACUGCUGCCAAUCAUUAACUUCCACAAUCUUGUCAGAGCUCAGCCCAAAUGUCUCAUUUCCAGAUGUCACGACAACGUGACGGCUCAAGCGGUUGUGCAACAGCAUCUAAUCUAAAGUUCAAGGUAUCGUCCACGAGUUUGACUCGGAGCGGUGGACGCUGUCAUUCAGCUUCAGCGCCGGUGGCCAGUCAGUUUGUCUCACAGAAGACCGUUUUAAAUCAAAGGAGCCAUGGGAGAGUGGGGAUUCCUGUCCACUCUGCUUAACAAGGUGCAGACCCACUCCACUGUGGUGGGAAAGGUCUGGCUCAGCGUGCUUUUCAUCUUCAGGAUCAUGGUUCUUGGAGCGGGAGCCGAGAAGGUUUGGGGGGAUGAACAGUCCAAAAUGGUUUGCAACACCAAGCAACCUGGUUGUAAGAACGUCUGCUACGACCAAGCCUUCCCCAUCUCGCACAUUCGGUUCUGGGUUCUCCAGAUCAUCUUCGUCUCCACGCCAACCCUGGUCUACCUCGGCCACGUCAUCCAUGUCAUCCACAAAGAGAAAAAGCUGAGAGAAUACAUUGAAGCCCACCCCAGCCGGGGGAUUGUGAAGGUACCAAAGUACUCUGACGAGAAGGGGAAAGUCCAGCUCAAGGGCAACCUGCUGGGAAACUACAUGACCUCCAUCUUCUUCAGAAUCCUGCUGGAGAUAGGCUUCAUAGUGGGGCAGUACUACCUGUACGGGUUUGUCAUGGAGCCGCAGAUCGUCUGCAACCGGGCGCCGUGUCCCUUCACCGUCGAGUGCUUCAUGUCCCGGCCCACGGAGAAAACCAUCUUCAUCAUCUUCAUGCUGGUCAUGUCCUGCGUCUCGGUGGUGCUCAACGUGGUGGAGAUCUUCUACCUGGCGUGCACCAGGUCGUCCAGGCGGAAGUCCAAAUCGGUGCCGACGACGGCCAUCGCCGUCCACCCGCGUUUCACCACCGACAGCAUGAUGAAGAACGAGAAGCUGGGUCGCCAUGACUCCAGCACGGCUUGAGGGACGACGUUCGGUGUAUCCACCGAGUCUGUUGGCGGCAGGGCGGGGAAGCGGUGACUACACUGCAAAAACACAAAAUAUUACCAAGCAUUUCUGGUUUGUUUAGUGCAAUUAUAUUAGUACACUUGAAAUAAGAAAAACUAAGAAGUAGGUUUUCAGCAAGAUAUAAGAGCUUGUUAUAUGUUGCUCUAUGACUUUUGAUUUUCGUGUUUUUAUAAUGCAAAGCACUUUGAAGUGCUUUGUUUCUGAAAUGUGCAAUACAAAUAAACUUGAUUGGCUGAUUAUUUCAAGUAAAAAAUUCCUUCAGCUGCAGUAUGUAACC